CGAGAAAGUAGAAGAAGUAGAUCUAUGGGACAAUUUGUGAUUUUUAAAUUUGAUCCAAAAUAACGGUUACAGGCAGCAAAGUGGAAAUAGACUUGUUUUGUUUUCAUAUUUAUUAAAAUUAAUAUUUUUUACUUCUAAUUUGAACAUGAGCAGCACAUCGAAAAGUAUUGACAAAUUAGUCGACAAACAUUUACAAAAAUUAAAGAUUCCCGACGGAUUCGAAAAACCGACGAGGGAGUUGGUCAAAAAUAUGAUGCAGCAUCCCGCUUAUAAUAAUCCCAGUUACAAUUGGUCUUUGAACGAUUUUGAACUUGGCAAACGCCUUGGCAGAGGAAAGUUUGGGCGGGUCUUUAUCGCAAGAGAAAAAAGGACUGGUUAUCUGGUUGCAUUAAAAACUUUAGUAAAGAAGGAGAUAGUAAAGGGAAGAGUAGAAAGACUCACAAUGAGGGAAAUUGAAAUUCAAAGUCAUUUAAAGCAUCCAAAUAUUCUACAACUGCUUGCUUGGUUCCACGAUUCACAUAGAAUUUACAUUAUUUUAGAAUUUGCAGGGAAAGGUGAACUUUACCGUCAUCUGAAGUCUUCACCCGGCGGAAGAUUUAGUGAAUCUAUAUCAGCAAAAUAUAUAUAUCAAGUGGCUGACGCUUUGGAAUAUUGCCAUCAGAAUCAAGUGAUACACAGAGAUAUCAAACCUGAGAAUUUAUUGUUGACAAUAACAAAUGACGUUAAACUAGCAGAUUUUGGCUGGUCGGUUCACUCACCAUCAAUGCACCGUAAUACCCUGUGCGGAACAUUGGAUUAUUUACCUCCUGAGAUGGUUGAUGGCAAAGAUUACAGGCACCACGUUGACAACUGGUGUUUAGGAAUAUUAUGUUAUGAAUUUCUUCAUGGAUAUCCUCCAUUUGAGGGAAAGGAUCAGGAGGACACUCAUCAGCGAAUCAAAUCAGGAAACUUGAAGUUUGCAGAUUUUAUCUCAGAUGGAGCACACAAUUUAAUAACAAAUCUUGUAGUACUUAAAGGUGAGAAAAGAAUGUCUUUAGUGAAGGUCAUGAAACACCCCUGGGUAAUAAACCACAAAAAAGAAGCCAAGGGAAAUUAAACAUUCUAAAAGGUAGACUUUGUCAGCUCUUAAACAAUUGUAAUGCAAUUUUAUUUUUAUAUUUUAGUAUGAUUUUUUUUUGUUUUUGUAUUUGUAUUUGUAUUUAAUAUUUAGGAAAUUAAUUUAUGUAUUAAUAAGAAAGUUGAAAAAAUAUUUUCUACAUGCCAAGACUUUUCAUCAUUACUUUUAUAUCAUCUUAUUUACUUAAGGGAUUUUAAUUUUUAAAAAUUGUCAGGCUGAAUUUGAUUGGUCAUUUCUAUAAUGUCGUUUUAUUGAUUAUUCUAUGGUAAAUACGCAAAAUAGUCCUUUGUUUUAUAAAAUUAACGGACCUUGUUAGUUUUUGUAAUUAAAAAUUUAUUGAUAAAACUAGAACUUAAAACUUUCAAUUACAUUUGGUUUUCAUCUCGCAGAGAUGGUUUUCGUUUUAAGACAAACCAAAAUGCCAUAAAAUCAGUCAGUACUCUGUUUGCCAAGCAAAAAACUUUAGGAAUUUAUUACCACAUAUAUACCUUUAUUGGUUUUUUAUAUUUUUCUAUAUGCAAACACAUUCAUUUUGUAGUUAUUUUUGGUCCAAAUAACAUAAAUUGUCAGAAUCUGAAUAAAUAGUCUUUGAUAAAGGUCAUUUUUUAAACUGUAUUGUUUCUAAGUACAAUGAACAAAUUGCAAAGUACUGACAAAAUAUGAUGAUGCAGUAAUUUUGAAAGUCAUUUAGAUAUAAUUGGCAACUUACUCCAAAGGAACCUGUAAAUAUAAAAAAAAAGAAAAACUUCAGAUUUUUUCGUCCCAGAAAAAAAAACAAUGUAACAAGGCAGGUGCUUAAGGAAGCUGGAUUUAAAAAGUAAUUGAAAGCAACUACAUGUUUCAUCUAAUUCUUCAUUGAAUCAUAAUUAUUUAAAUAAACCCUUUUUCUGAGUUGUAUACAAAAUUUUCUAAAUCUUAUAA